GCUCCGGGCUGUCAAUCAUGCGAACGGGCGUGGCUCUGGGGCUGGGCGUGGCUUCCACCGAGGAUUAGCAAGGUUUCACCUUUGGGUGUCAAGUCGCCUGUUUUGCCUCCUGGUUCUCCUCCUUCUCCUCCGCCGCCCUUUGCCUUCCAGUCGGGACUUCAGUCGGAACUUUUCCAGCUUCGUUUGGGCUUUUUUAAAGGCGGACUAUUUUCAAAGCUGACCGUAGCGGUGGACCGAAGGACGCUAAGCGCCAGCCCGGAAUGAGGAGGUCUACGUCCCACCCUGGAGAUGCUCCGGCAGAGUUAGGAACCACAACAGCAGCUAUGGUCAGGGAUGCCCCCGCCCGCCCGUGACAUGCUGAAAGCCACAUAAGAGCCGCUCGCCAUGAUGGCCUCCAUGGUUGCCAACGGAAACCGAGACGGACAGUCUGUGCUGUUGCAAGGGGUGGACCCGGAGACCUGCAUGAUUGUCUUUAAGAACCACUGGGCUCAGGUGGUGAAGAUCCUAGAAAAACACGACCCCUUGCGCAGCAGCACCCCCACCUUGCCCACGCUGGGCAUCCUCCACCUCGGCGGCGGCCCCCGCUUGGGUCCCGUGCCAGGGGACGAGGCGAGCGAGGUGCAGAACUACGUGGAGCACAUGCUCUUCCUGCUGAUGGAGGAAGAGCGCGGUAAGAGCGGCGCCAUGGGCCCCAUCCUGGAGUUUGUGGUGAUGGAGAACGUGAUGGAGCGGCUGUUUGUGUGGAGCCUCCGCAGGGAGUUCACCGACGACAUGAAACUGGAGCAGCUGAGGAUGUACGAGAUGUUGGUGGGCCAAUCACGGCAGCCCCUGCUGCAUCACAAGCCCGUCCUCAAGCCGCUCAUGAUGCUGCUGUCGGCGUGCUCGGGCACCCCGGCCCCGCGGGUGGAGGCCCAGCUGGUGCUGCUGCUCCACCAGCUGUGCUGCGUGCUGGCCAAGGACCCGUCCAUCCUGGAGCUCUUCUUCCACACCAGCAAGGACCAGGGAGCCGCCAACUUCCUCAUCUUCUCCCUGCUCAUCCCCUUCAUCCACAGGGAGGGCACCGUGGGCCAGCAGGCCCGAGACGCCCUGCUGCUCAUCAUGUCCUUGUCGGCUGAGAACCUGCGUGUCGCCAAACACGUCGCCGAGAACACCUUCUUCUGCCCGGUCCUGGCCACAGGCCUAAGCGGACUGUACUCGUCCCUGCCCACCAAGCUGGAGGCCGCUGGUGAAGAGUGGCAUUACCUGCAGAAGGACGACUGGCUCAGGAUGCCUUCUUUGGUCCAGUUCCUCAACUCCCUGGAGUUCUGCAACGCGGUCAUCCAGGUUGCCCACCAAGACAUCAGGAACCAGCUGCUGGGUUACAUCCACAAUGGAUUCCUGGUGCCUGUACUUGCCCCCGCCCUGCACAAGUUGACCCUGGAGGAGGUCAUGACCACCACGGCGUACCUGGACCUCUUCUUGAGGAGCAUCACCGAGCCGGCUCUGCUGCAGACGUUCCUGUCUUUCAUCCUCCUGCACCGUCACGAGAACGUCCACAUUCUGGACACGCUGGUCAGCCGCAUCAACACCCCCUUCCAGCUGGGCAUCGUGUCGCUGGCGCUCUUCCGCACCCUCAUCGCUUUGCAGUGUGAGGACGUGAUGCUGCAGCUCAUCCUCAGGUACCUGAUCCCUUGCAAUCACAUGAUGCUGAGUCAGAGGCGCGCGGUGAGGGAGAGGGACUUCUAUUCUGUUUCGGCAGCUAAGAUCCUGGCGCUCACCCCCUCCUGCUGCGCUUCUGACCGCAGCCCCCCCCCUCUGAGACAGCUGGAGUCCAUCCUCUUCUUCAACGCGGAAAAAGACGGCAUCUCCAACGAGAGCGACGACUCCGGCAACUCCUCCUGCACCAUUGGCUCAGAGGUCCACCUGGACGUCAGCUACCUUCAUUACCUGGACGACGCCCACCUGCGCAUCAGCACCUGCAUGCGGGCGUGCCACGUGUGGUCGGCCCCGUACGACGGCAAGGACCCCCCUCCCGAGAAGUACCAGCCCGGCAUCCUGGAGGAGCCCAGGAGCCUGCAGAGGAGGGUCCCACAGCCAUGGCCGACCCCGCGCCCCCCAUUGAGCUCCGAGGCGCCAUCCAAGUCCAACCAUCUGGAGCUGGAAUGGGACGACAGCUACGACGUGUGUCCGGUGCAGACCGCUGAUGUUCCUGCUGAGGCUAAACCUCCACCGUCGCCUUCCCGCGAGCCCCCCAAGCACAUCCAAGAGAUGAGGAGGUCGGCUAUCUUGUUUGUAAAAGGCUCGUACAUGGAGGAGUCCGAGUUCCAGGACGACGUGAAGGUGUACCAUCUUGUGGCACAAAAAGACAGCAGGGCCGUGGAGCUCAGUUCCCCCAAAGCCGAUGUGACGGAAUCCAGACCAGCUCCACCAGGCCUGACUGAAGUUCCCGUGAAGAACAUGCUCAAACAUCAGACUGGCAAGAAUGCCACUUCUCCAACUGACCUGAGCUCCAACCUGCAGAAGACCUCUGCUACGGAGGACCUCCUGGCUCAGUACGAGGAGCUCCUCCGAACAUUUGACGCAGACGCAGGCGGAAAAGCCACCAAAUGUGACACGGAGCAGAAGAAGUCCGCCACGCCUGAGGACGAGGACGUGGAGGACAUGGACUUUGCCUCCUUUUCCCCAGAGACCCCAGAGCCGGAGAAGCUGCAGUCCCCGUUUAAUUCGUCGCUUCGGAACACCAGCAGAAGUCAGUCCGUACCUUUUACAGGACCCUUCGUCAGCGUGCUGCUGUCCCGCUUGGAGAACAUGCUGUCCAACUCACUCCAAGUCAACUUGUUGUUGACGGGCAUCCUGGCCCAGCUGGCCACCUACCCUCAGCCUCUGCUGCGCUCCUUCCUGCUCAACACCAACCUGGUGUUCCAGCCCAGCGUUCGCUCCCUCUACCAGGUGCUGGCCUCGGUGAAGAACCAGAUUGAGCAUCUGGCAGCAAGCAGGAAGGACUUCCCACAAAUGAUGGUUGCCGCCCAACACUGGCUGAUGGCCAGGGAGACUCUGGAUGGAGAAGCAGACAAGCGCAGCGUGAGAGGUGCCGGGAUCUUACACAGUUCUCCUCCACCAAGGCCCAAGUCCAUCUCUCCAGAGCGGACCGAGGUCUUUGCGACUGUCCUCUUCACCGAGUUUCUGAAAGAACUGGCAGCCCUUGCUCAAGAGCACUCCAUCCUGUCUUGCAUUCCUGCAGAAGAGUAAUUCAGACUUUUUGGGAAGCUAAAUGUCCACUGCAGGGACGGCAGGCAUCACCUUCUUUGCUUCUUAAGGGUAAAAGACGUCUUCCAUUCUCCUGGAUCUUUGUCUCAGGGGACUCCUGGUGCCUUCCAUUAGCAACGUUGGACGUUCUUACCGGUGGGAAUGUUGCCAUGGAGCUGUGUGACAUCCCAUCACCACGGGAUUUACCCCUCUCCCUCACGUUCUGCUGUGGAAUAAAGUAGUUCCAGCUCUGCUGCCGUCACUCAAGUACGUGUGCGUAGUUUGGAGCGUCUAUGAGAGAAUGUCGUAGCUGAGCAGCAUGCCGAGGCCCUGUCCGCACGGGAAGCUUCCUGGGAAUGUGGGAAUGUGGCGUCCACACUGCUGGAUUAGUAAACGGGAGUGGGUCGUGGAGUGAAAAGGAUGCAGUACGCCAGGUGCCGGAACUACUUUGUUCACCAUGGAAAAUAACUCACGUAUUGAUAAGGGUGUUGUAACCCCCCCCCCCCCCCCACCUCCCUUUAAGCUGACAAAGUGUGUAGCCAUGUUUCCAGCCAUCCAAGGUCUAUGUGGUGGUGGUGGGGGGUGGAGCCUAUCCCAGGCUAAUGAAGUCAUCUUUCCUACAUGGAUUUUCAGGAGCUGACUAUGCAAAGGAAAAGUUUUUGGAAAGGGGGUGUCCAUAUGUGAAAUGAAUAUGUUGUAAAUAAGUAUAAUAUUCCCGACCUGUCCCGACUCUGUUACACGGGGGCUCAGUUGAAAGCUCUAUUUUCCCAGGUGACAAACAUUUGGCCUCUUUUCCAGGAAUGACUAGGAUAGGAUUUGAUUCAUAAUAUAUUUGUAAGAAGGUCCAACAGUUGGAAGAUCCCAUGGGAAACUGGAAGCCAAAUGAUCCCGCAUCAAUAAAUGGUUGGAUCUACUCCAAUGAGACGUGUGUUUGAGGUGAAAUUGUACUUGGAGCUUUCUUGAUGAUCCAUGCUGAUCCCAUCCAUGAAAGGAUGUCCAUAACGUCCAUCCCACAUCCUCUUCCCACCAACUCUUUUUUCGUCUUUCACGCAAUAAUAAACACGUGCAGUGUCCAGUGUGGGCCACUAGAGGGAGACAGAGCAGCCCAGUGAACAGCGGCAACAAAAACAUGGAAAUACAUGCCGUGGAAUAUGACAAUAAAUAUGGAGCAGUAUCAGACAGCAUGGAAAAUAGAAACAUGUCCGCCGGGGUUGUUUCCACUCCUACUUCUAUACUUCAUUGGUUCAAAAUUCAUUCAUUCAUAUUAUAGGC